GAUGUCACCAGGGAGGAAGUGACCGGCCGCCUAUAUAGCGCCGCAGCCGCCGCUCAGCAGCAGCAGUUACACACACAGCCCUCCUUCACCUAGUGUCGCUAUGUCCCUGGCUGUGUCACUGUUCGGGGGCUGCUGCCGGCUAACCCUGGCCACGAGCAGGAUGGUGGCCGGCAGCCCGGGUCCUCCGCUCGGCAGGGGUGGCUGGUUGCGUAGCCUCUCGGCUAGUUACUCCACUGGCCCGGAGAACGGCGGCGACAUGAGGAGGUAUCUGAGUGAGCACUACACCGAGGCGAGGAGAAGCAUCAAUGAGCUUAUCCCUUCUAUUUCAAGCAAUGUGCUGAAUCCAAGCGCUAUCUUUUCCAACAAUGAAAUGAGUCUUGCAGACGUUGAAAUUUAUGGCUUUGAUUAUGAUUAUACUUUAGCUUUUUACUCUAAAGAUCUUCACACUUUGAUUUUCAACACUGCUCGAGAUCUUCUUAUUAAUGAGCAUCGGUAUCCAAAUGAAUUAAGAAAAUAUGAUUAUGAUCCAAACUUUGCAAUCCGGGGUCUUCAUUAUGAUAUUCAUAAGGCAUUGUUAAUGAAGAUUGAUUCCUUCCACUACAUUCAGCUGGGUACAGUGUAUCGAGGACUUGACGUUGUACCAGAUGCAGAGGUCAUUGAAAUGUACCAUGGUUCCCAUGUACCACUGGAGCAGAUGAGCGACUUUUAUGGAAAGAGCUCAGAAGGGAACACCUUGAAGCAGUUCAUGGAUAUAUUCUCAUUACCAGAGAUGACUUUGCUGUCCUGUGUUAAUGAAUAUUUCCUCAAAAACAACAUUGAUUAUGAGCCUGUGCAUCUGUAUAAAGAUGUUAAGGAUUCAAUUAGAGAUGUCCAUGUAAAAGGACUAAUGUACAGAGCUGUGGAAGCCGACAUCGAAAGGUACAUUCGCUAUGGAGAGAGAACGCGAGCUGUAUUGGCAAAGUUGGCACAACAUGGCAAAAAGAUGUUUCUCAUCACAAACAGCCCCAGUAGUUUUGUGAACAAAGGAAUGAACUUCAUUGUGGGAAAAGACUGGAGGGAUCUUUUUGAUGUUGUUAUUGUCCAAGCUGACAAACCAAAUUUCUUCAAUGAUAAAAGGAGACCAUUCCGUAAGGUUACAGAUAGAGGGGUUUUACUAUGGGAUAAAAUUCAUCAACUUGAAAAAGGCUCGAUUUACAAACAGGGUAACUUGUUUGAAUUUCUGAAGCUUACAGGCUGGCGAGGAUCAAAAGUUUUAUACUUUGGUGAUCACAUAUACAGUGAUUUGGCGGAUCUGACCUUAAAGCAUGGAUGGAGGACAGGUGCCAUUAUACCAGAACUGAAAUCGGAGCUUACCAUCAUGAAUACCUCACAGUACAUUGAGACCAUGGCCUGGCUUCAAGGUUUAACUGGGUUACUUGAGCGUAUGCAGGUGUACAGAGACGCUGAGUCACAGAUGGUCUUGCGUGACUGGAUAAAAGAGAGACAAGAACUGAGGGACAUGGCAAGAAAAAUCUUCAACCCUCGGUUUGGAAGUAUAUUCAGGACUGAUCAUAAUCCAACAUAUUUCCUGAGGCGACUGUCUCGUUUUGCUGAUGUUUACAUGGAAUCCUUAAGCUGCCUACUAAACUAUGAUCUGCAUCACACGUUUUUCCCAAAGAGGACUCCACUACAGCAUGAAGUCCCAAUGUGGUCUGAGCAGCAAUACCCUGGUACAUUCGGCAUCCCGUUCUUACAGGAAAUUGCUCAGCUGAAGUGAUUCCCGUACGUUUCUUGCUCAGGUUCUGUGCCAUUGUGGCUUAGCAGGAUUGAAGAUUGCUUUUAUUAUUUAUUGUAUGUGGUUAGGUGUAUGCACUACGUAAACCCGAGUGUUGCAGAAUGUCA